AUGGACCAAGAAUACGAGAGGCGGUUACUGAGGCAGAUAAACCACCAGAACCUCCCAGAAGAGGCCCGUCUGACCAAGUGUGUAAGUGCAACCUGCAGUCCUCUCAGUGUUAGGUCUGGAGACCGCUUCAUUCCCACCAGAGCUGGAAGCAACUGGAGCAUAAACUUCCAUUAUGCAAAUGAGAAUUUUCGAUCUCCCAGUCAAAACCGUAAAGCAAAGGAUACAAGUUCAGACUCAAGUAAAGAUGCUGUGGCCUAUGCUGCCCUUUUAAGAAAUGAGUUACUUGGAGCAGGCAUUGAGACUGUUCCAGACCCUCACACAGAUGAUAGGCAUAAUCCGGUGCUUUUUCAAGACUCCCUUAGUCUUUUUAAGUACACUGUCCAUUCAAAGAGAGUGCCUUCUAAUUGUGAUAAUGAAAUCUCACCAUACUCCCUUUCUCCACUUAGUAAUAAAAGUCACAAGCUUCUACGCUCCCCUCGAAAACCAGCUCGUAAGAUCUCAAAGAUCCCCUUCAAAGUGCUGGAUGCUCCGGAGCUCCAGGAUGACUUUUACCUCAACCUGGUGGACUGGUCGGCUGGGAACCUGCUCAGUGUGGGGCUGGGGGCCUGUGUUUACCUGUGGAGUGCCUGCACAAGUCAAGUGACACGGCUCUGUGAUCUGUCAGUGGAUGGGGAUUCUGUUACGUCCGUCUGUUGGAAUGAGAGAGGAAGCCUUGUUGCAGUUGGAACACAUAAAGGAUAUGUUCAGAUCUGGGAUGCAGCAGGAGGCAGGAAACUCACAAGUUUGGAAGGACAUUCAGCUCGUGUAGGUGCCCUUGCAUGGAACGGAGAGCAGCUCUCCUCUGGAAGUCGUGAUAGAGUCAUCCUGCAGCGGGACGUGCGGACGCCGCCUACAGCCUUUGCAGAGAGAAGGCUUCAGGGACACAGACAAGAAGUGUGUGGGCUUAAAUGGUCUCCUGAUCACCAGCACCUGGCGUCUGGGGGCAAUGACAACAAGCUGCUGGUGUGGAACAGCUCCAGCCUCCUGCCUGUGCAGCAGUACAGUGAUCAUCUGGCUGCAGUAAAAGCCAUCGCCUGGUCUCCGCACCAGCACGGACUCCUGGCCUCAGGGGGCGGCACAGCAGACCGCUGCCUCCGCUUCUGGAACACACUGACGGGACAGGCCCUUCAGAGCACUGACACCGGCUCACAGGUGUGCAACCUGGCCUGGUCUAAACACGCCAAUGAACUGGUGAGCACUCACGGCUACUCCCAGAAUCAGAUCCUUGUGUGGAAAUAUCCAGCGCUAACACAAGUAGCAAAGUUAACUGGCCACUCCUACAGAGUUCUUUACUUAGCCGUAUCUCCUGAUGGUGAGGCCAUUGUUACUGGUGCUGGGGAUGAGACCCUUCGUUUCUGGAAUGUUUUUAAUAAAACAUGCUGCACAAAGGAAUCAAAAUCAGUGUUGAACUUGUUCACAAGGAUCCGGUAG